AUGAUCGAUCAUGAAUUGGCCGAAAGUCCAGAAUCAAUAGCACAACGAAAAAGAACAUGUUUGAUUGCUUCUUUCGUUAACUCGUUACAAAAAGACGAGAAAGCAGAAGCUAUGAAAAGUGAAGAAGCAAAAAGAGGUCUCUCACGAAGUGAAGUAUUGAACGAAAUGCUUGCGUUUCUAAUCGCUGGCUUUGAAACAACUUCAGCAGCUCUGACUUGGUUCAUUUAUCUCAUGAGUAAACAUCCACGAGUACAGCAGAAGAUCAAGGCAGAAUUGAUGGGUGAUAGCAAUAGGCAAGAUUUGUCACUGGAUCGUCUUGACUCGCUCGUCUAUUUGGAUUGUGUUAUCAAUGAAGUACUUCGUUUUUCUCCACCCUCUAUUGGAACACUUCGUACAUUGACUAUCGAUGAUCGCUUACCCCAGAGUGGUACUCAACUAUUCAAAGGUGAUCAAGUGGACAUUCCAUUUCAUACUCUCGCGCGAGACACUCGGUUAUGGUCAAUUGAUCCAGAACUCUUCUAUCCCGAAAGAUUUAUGGGCGAGGAUAAAAAUCAUCAUCCCUAUGCAUUGAUUCCAUUCGGUGGUGGCCAUCGUCAAUGUAUUGGACAAGAUUUGGCUCGAUUUGAGCUCAAGGUGAUCGCAGCUAGGCUUAUGCAGCACGUGACAUUUGGUGAUGGUGGUCCUGAAGUCAAUGCAGUGAACUUGAUUGGUGGUUGGAAAGAUGCCGAGACAAAAAAGGAACCAUAUACACCAGGUACUCUUCAACUUGUUUUUUCAACGUCAAAAGGUAUUGCAGCGGCAGCCGUGGCGUUAUGUGUGGAGAAAGGUUGGCUCGAUUAUGAAGCACCUGUAGCCAAGUACUGGCCUGAAUUCAGUGCCAAUGGAAAGGAGAAUAUAUCGGUGAACCAGCUAUUAUCUCAUCGAGCUGGCCUACCAUGCGUUGACCAACAACUCACACUCAAUGAUGUGUUUGAUUGGACUCGGAUAACUUCUUUAUUGGCUGAGCAGAAACCUUUUUGGGAACCCGGAUCAACACAUGGUUAUCAUGCCUAUACAUUUGGAUUUUUGGCUGGUGAACUCGUUCAGCGAGUCGAUCCUCAACAUCGCUCUUAUAGUCAAUUUGUCCGUGAUGAGCUGGACCCCGAAUUCUAUGUGGGGAUUUCUGAUGACAAUGUUGAAGCGCGUGUCGCUCCUCUUCUCACUAAAAAUGACGCUGCUCUUGCUAGUUUACCUCCAUUGAAUCCUCUCGUCGAAAACACAAUGUCAUGCAACGGUGCCUUCCCUAUGAGAUCGCCCAAUAGUGAUGAAUUCGUUUUCAAUCGACGUUCAGUACAUCAAGCUGUCUUACCAGCUGCUAAUGGUAUUUCGAAUGCUCAUUCGCUCGCGCGAAUUUAUGCAUUAUUGAUUGGUGAUGUUAAUGAAAAUGGCAAAAAAACAACAUGUCUUUUGAGCAAGAAAACUUUGAAAAUGGCUACAGAAAAUGUGACACCGCUAAAUGAGGUCGACCAAACCAUGUUUGGCUUCACAUCAAAAUUUUCAAGAGGAGGAUUUGAACUAUAUGGUGACUAUUUUAAAGUUCUAGGCGAAGAUGGAUUUGGUCAUCAUGGCUUUGGUGGCAGUCUUGCCUUUGCAUCACUUUCACAACAUUUAGCUUUUGCUUAUGUAUUCAAUCAACUUGGUUUCGACACGUUUGCAAUUAAUUCGAGAAAUCUUCAAUUUCUCGAAAUAAUCGACACUAUCAUCAAAGAAAAAAAGACCUCAUGA